UAUCUAUAAAAGAUUGAGUCGUCCUGCACGGGAUCGAACUUCGCUCAGAAUGAGUCUACUGAACGGUGUCUCUCUGCUUGGAUUAUUCAUACUGCAAGGUUGGCUUGUAGUUCAAGGGGAACGAAUCUCAGUUCAAAAAUGCAACGAAUAUCGAGCGCUCUCAUCAAGGAAAUGUCCUGCGCCUGCAGGGGAUGAUUCUUCUUUAGCUGAACCUGGAGAUUUUCCGCACCAAGUUAUACUCGGAUUUCCUGGAAGAGAUGAAGAAAAGCCGGACGAAGUAAGAUUUGUGUGCGGUGGGGUUCUGAUAAGUGAACGAUAUGUGCUUACCGUGGCACAUUGCGCUGUUAGUGGUCCAGCUAAACCCAUUUCUGUACGCCUGGGAGACGUAAACUUGGAUCAGGAACAAAACGGGGAACAAACCAUUGGGAUCGAAUCGAUCGUGGCACAUCCAAAGUUCAACCGCAGUGUCAAUGAUAUUGCGCUGAUCAAACUUGAACAGGAUGUUCUCUUUACGGAAACAGUGCAGCCAGCUUGUCUGGACCAGGGUGAACCGAGAAAAACUGCUAUUGAAUCGAGCUUCGAGGAAUCUCAGAGAAGGAAAACUGUGUUAAAAAGAUUCCCGAUGCGUAUUCUUGACAUUUCGGAGUGUGCGGAAUUUGAGCGUGCUAGUACAAUCUUCCGGAAUGGUUUGGACCCGGAACAACAUUUGUGCGUUACUCACGCGGCCGAGCCUGUCUGCUCACGGAACAGUGGUGAUCCGUUGCAGGUUCCGGUUGAGGAAAACUCCUGUACCAGUUCCAUCAUAGCGUUGGCUGCAUUUGGCAAACGUACCGAUUGUGAUCGUGGGGUCCAUGUUAGAGUGGCUAAGUAUCUGGAUUGGAUCGAAUCGAUCGUCUGGAGUCAAUGAGUAACCUAUUUCAGAUUAUGACACAGUAAACAAGAAAAAUUGGAAAAAAUAUAUAUUUUAACUACUUUUUUUUUUUUAAAUGUGGUUCCUUAUCAUUCACAUAAUUGUUUGAAAAGAUCAUUAUGAUAAAAACG